UAAAAACUGAUAAACCGGAAAACGUAACUGUUAAAUCAAAACCGAAAACAAUUUCAACGAACACGUCUACCGUGUCGCCAAUUAUAUGUCCUGUAUGUAAACAGAACCACUUGUUAUAUCAAUGUCAAACAUUUCAGGCGCUUGAGCCAUCCGAACGGUUUAAAUUAAUUAAAUCCCAACGAAGAUGCGUUAAUUGUUUUUCCGCGAAGCAUGCGAAAGAACAAUGCCACAGUCAAAGAAGCUGUAAAGAAUGUAAACAGCGACAUCACACUCUGUUGCAUUUUCCGAUAAAACCGGAGCAGUCCAGCCUCGCAUCCGAGUGCACUCAUUGCAGGGUCGAACAGUACAAGCACGCGCAUUAUUGGAUCAAGGGUCAGUCGCAACUCUAAUAUCAGAGAACCUAGCCCAAAUUUUGCGACUCCCGAGAAACAAACAAAAUACAUGCAUAACCGGAAUAGGAGGAAUACAGUCGUGGGCUAAUCACACCGCUCGCAUCACGAUUACUCCGUUGGUAAGAACCGAGCCUGUAUACUCGACAACUGCUAUUAUUUUGAAAACUUUAACACAAUACACUCCAAAACGACAUUCUUCCGUAACUAAUUGGAAUCAUAUUGCAGGACUUGAAUUGGCCGAUACAGACCCCAUGAGCUCAGAUCCGAUCGAUAUCGUUAUCGGUGCGGAUUUGUUUGGUCAAUUAUUAUUGGACGGAGUUCGGAAAGGUUCUACAAGUGAACCGAUCGCGCAAAAUACACACCUGGGAUGGAUCCUAUCUGGUCCUACGUCCACUCAUCCUCUUCCUUUCUUUAUAGAUGCCCAUCACGCUACGUUGCUAGAAAAUCUCGAUGCAGAUCUUCGCCGCUUCUGGGAAGUGGAAAAUAUCCCAACUCAAUCAGUGCUCUCACCUGAGGAAGAAAAAUGUGAAUUACACUUUCAAUCCUCUCAUACUCGUACGUCGGAAGGGCGUUACAUAGUUCGACUCCCGUUCAAGAGCGAACCCCCUAUAGAUUUAGGCGAAUCUCGUUUUGCCGCGAUGAAAAGUCUUCUCUCUCUUGAAAGACGCUUUAAAAGCGACCAAGUAAAUACCGAAACUUAUAAAGAAUUCCUCUCAGAAUACGAAGCCUUAGGCCAUAUGGAAAGGGUUCCAACUGUCCCGGUUCAAACAACCAACCAAAUUUAUUAUAUUCCUCAUCACGCAGUUCUUCGCGAAAGUAGUUCGACAACUCGUCUUCGCGUCGUAUUUAACGCUUCCCGCCGAACUUCAAACGGCACUUCUCUAAAUGAUCAUCUUUUAACUGGACCCAAGCUCCAAACCGAUCUAAUUGCAAUCCUCCUCCGGUGGAGAGGAUUCCGGUUUGUAUAUACCACUGACAUCGAGAAAAUGUACCGUCAGAUUUUAGUUGAUACACGAGAUACAGAUUUUCAACGCAUUUUAUGGCGUCCCUCGUCGCAACAGUCCGUUGAGGAGUAUCAACUCUGUACCGUCACGUAUGGCACUAAAUCAGCUCCUUAUCAAGCUCUUCGCGUUUUAAAUCAGCUGGCAGUGGACGAAGGUCAUCAAUAUCCUCUAGCUCUUCCAGUAUUAAAGGAUCAAACUUAUGUCGACGACUGUCUCUUCGGAGCAGACGACAAAGAUCUCUUGCGAACAAUCCGCGACCAGACCAUAAACCUGUUAAACAAAGGCGGCUUUCGUUUACGAAAAUGGGCCAGUAAUGAUCCAACUCUGUUAAUUGAUAUCGAUCCGCGCGAUCACGGUCUUGCGAAAAAUAAACUCCUUAAGAUCGAGGAGACCUGCUCAGUUUUAGGCUUAGAAUGGAAUCCAGAGCUCGAUCACUUUCAAUUUCGAGCAACCAUUUCUUCGAAUUUUGCCAAUACGAAACGCACAAUUCUCUCUCAAAUUGCAAAACUUUUCGACCCGAUGGGGUUGUUAACUCCAGUCGUUAUACCCGCGAAAGUGUUUAUGCAAAAAUUAUGGUCACUACAAUAUGAUUGGGAUGACAUUCUUCCUAACGAGGUUCUCCUAGAAUGGCAAGAUUACUACACUCAUUUACCAGAUUUAAAUAAGAUCACGAUUCCUCGCCAAAUAGCCAAUGGCAUCGCGCUACAUCAGGAAAUCCACGGAUUCGCCGAUGCAUCCACUAAAGCCUACGCAGCUUCGGUUUAUAUAAAAAGCGUCCUCCCAGAUGACAAUGUCUUCGUGGCGCUUCUCGUUGCAAAAUCACGAGUAGCUCCCGUUAAAACAUUAAGCGUACCGAGAUUAGAAUUAUGUGCAGCGGCAUUGUUGGCACGUCUUGUCGUUUUUGUGGAAAAUUCCUUGUCGCUCAUCCAUCACAAUGUCCACUGUUGGACUGAUUCAAGCAUCACCCUCGCCUGGCUUAGCCAACCUCCGACUCGUUGGAAGACUUUUGUCGCCAAUCGAGUGUCGAAAAUUCAGUCUCUUUUACCGAAAGCGCAGUGGCAUCAUGUUCCAACAAAUAGCAAUCCUGCUGAUUGUGCAACCCGCGGUCUAACGCCAUCGGAAUUAAAAAUCCAUUCCAUGUGGUGGUCAGGACCUUCAUGGUUAAAACAAGGCGAAGAACGAUUUCGUUAUUUUCACACCGCCUCGAAAUCCAGUCCUUCGGAUAAGGACGCAUCAGCGAUCCGACCAUCCAAUCCACCCACAGAGGUCCACCAUACAACAGAGGCAUAUGUUACUUGGGGUACCAAGAUUGCGGUGUAUAUCCACCUGACCAUUCUUGGUUUUAGUCCCUACGUAGUUCCAAACAUCCUCCUGCAGGCCCAGUAA